AUGCUCUCAAUUGACAUCAUAUUUUUGGCUCGGUUAGCCGAAUUGCUUUUUGUGGUGGACUUGGUUCGUGGAUCCAAUUUGGGAGGAAAAAUUAUAGUAGAUGAGAAACUAGCUGUUAAGAAAGGAGGAGUUGGUCGCCCAAGCAGAAGUCGUCACUUUAAGGUUGAGAUGACGCCUACCCACUAUAAGAAGUAA